AUGGGAGUGUGUCAUAACAAAAAGCAAGAACAAAUGAAAAAUACAACUAUCCUCAAUAAAAGUCAACCAAGAGCUAAAAUUCCAUAGACAACAGAAUAAAUACUAGAAUUUGCUAUAACAGAGCCCUUUGAAGAUAGCAAUCUCAUAUACAUUUCUCCAUAAUUCAAACAUAAAACCUAAUCAUCAAAGCAACCAAGUCCUACCUACUCAUUGAACCUCUCAAAUUAUAAAUAUCGUUUUUCUUCAAAAUAUGUUCACUAAGAAUUCAAAUUGAAUGAGAGUAUCAUACUUAUUUUAUUAGUUAGAAUAGCUUAUCAUUCAUAGAGAGAGUGGGUUACCAUAUUACCUUGAAAUUUUGGAGUCUAAUUCUUAGAACAGAGGAUUGAUUAGAAAAUUGUUUAAUCCUACUAGUCCAAACAAUCAAUAGGACCCAUCAAAUCUCUUCAAUAUUGUUGAGAUAUGCUUAUAAGAUAGAUUAAUCUUGGUUGUAAGACAAUAUAAAGAGGCUCAAAGCCUUGAAUCACAAUUAUAAAUUGUCAAAUCAAAUGUAAAAACUUUAUCAAUUCCUGUCAAUCAGAUAAUUAAUAUUAUAACAAUACUACAUUCAUUAGAUAUAAUACAUUUUAAUUUGAGUAUCAAAUCAUUCUAGUAUUAAUAAGUAUCAGGAGAAAUAUAUCUAAACAAUUUAUCGGAUUUAUAUAAUAGUGAAGAAGUUAAUUAUUAAUACAUAUCUCCAGAACAAUUAAAUUAUAUUCCUUACUUUACAAAAGAAUGUAAUAUAUGGGCUUUGGGAAUGAUUAUUUGUUAAAUGAUGGAUUGUCCAAGGGUUCCUAUUUAUAGUGAUAAUUUGAGUAAGUUUAAAAGACAAGUAGAGAAGUGGCAACCAAAAUAGUCAAUAAAACAUAUCUAGGAUAAAGAUCUAUAGGAAUCUAUAAUUAAAAUGUUAUAAAAAGAUCCAAGUUAAAGAGUAUUAUGA